UCCAUAAUUCUAUAUCAGCUGACACAUGACACGGAUGUCCGAAGGGCGAUCGUGAGGAUUAUAUGAUUCCGACCGAAUUCCGACCAUUCCGACUUCUCCUGUGCUUAUGAGCAGUGUAAUCGACAGUACACGGCUCCUACGACAGGCCGUUUUUUAAUUAUUUUAUUUUCUUUACACGAUCGGUGAUUAUGUUAAUUAUUUUACACGAAAACCCGCGUGAUUAAUAUAGACGCGAUAUUCGACAAGUAAUUAAUUUAAACAAAAUGAGCGCUCAAAAGACGGUACCGAACGGUGUAAAGUUCCUCAUCGGCGGCACCUCAGGUAUGGCAGCGACAUGUUUUGUACAGCCAUUGGAUUUAAUAAAAAAUCGCAUGCAGUUGAGUGGUACGAAAACAUCAACAUUAAGCAUUACAUCAGCAAUUCUAAAGAAUGAAGGUGUUUUGGCAUUAUACUCAGGUUUAUCUGCUGGUUUAAUGCGCCAAGCCACAUAUACCACCACUAGACUCGGUAUAUAUACUUGGCUUAUGGAACUUUCUUCAAAAGAUGCACAACCAAGUUUUAUCGUGAAAGCAUUACUUGGCAUGACGGCUGGUUGCGUUGGAGCAUUUGUAGGUACACCUGCUGAAGUAGCUUUGAUUAGGAUGACAGCAGACGGCAGAUUACCUAUUGCUGACAGACGCAAUUACAAAAACGUAUUUGACGCAUUAUUCCGUAUAAUAAAGAGGAAGGUCUUUACAUUGUGGCGUGGUGCCAUUCCUACUAUGGGA